GUGCAAGAUAUAUGUACUGUACAGUUACAGUGACAUUACUUAUGCGACAAAGUUGUUAGUACACCGAAAUCCUACAGAAAGAAAAAUCAAUUUUGUUUUAAAUGGCUGAUCCGCGGUUCCAACCACCAUACAACGAGCCACCGUAUCCAUCUGGACCUCAACCGCCAUACACAAACGAAUCCCAAAGUCCAUAUCCAACUCAACCUCCAAAUUCUUAUCCAUCCAAUAUAGGUUCACAAUGGCAAGGAGAGGCUUACCCAUAUGCAAAUUAUAAUGAAAACCCACAUUCUAACAGAAACAAUACUGAUGGUGACGGUGGACGCACGGAGAAUCAAUUUGUUGCAUCAAACUUUAGUGAUAAAAAAAUUCGUCAUGCAUUUAUUCGUAAAGUAUAUUUUACUCUUAGUGUGCAAUUAUUAUUCACAUUUGGGAUUGUGUGUAUUUUUUGCCUUGUUACACCUGUGAAGAAUUGGGUUCGGAGUAAUCGCUGGUUCUACUAUUUAGCCUAUGCGGUAUUUUUCGUAACCUAUUUGGUACUUGGUUGUAUUGUAAGUGUACGGAGAAGAUUUCCUGGGAAUUAUAUAUGUUUAACUGUAUUUACAUUAGCAUUAUCCUAUAUGGCCGGUUCAAUUGGUGCAUUCUAUGGAGCUGAAGCUGCAUUAAUUGCUGUAGCGCUUACAUUUGCUUUAUGCGUCUGCAUAACUCUCUUUGCAACACAAACACGUUUUGAUUUUACAAUGUGCUCUAGUCUGUUAUUUGUACUUGGUUGUGCUGUUAUGCUUACUGGGAUUGCAAUUAUGAUUGUGUACUUUGUUUUAGGACCAAAUAAGAUUCUACAAGGUGUUUAUAGUGGUAUACUAACCCUAUUAUUUGGUUUGGAGGCAGAGGAGAGUAUGAAUUGUGCAAAUUAUUUUUUCUGUUGAGCGAUUUUUCAGCGAGUUAGUUUUCUACGGGAUGGCAUCACUAACCCCAUACCCAAUGCUCCUCUUCUAUCCGGGUUUGGGACCGGCAGUAGCCCUAGAGAUGCUCCAGGCAAACAAAAAACACAACAGAAAUUUUGGCAUAAGUAUUUUGGUCAGCUAGAUUGUGGUUUGAACAAUCAUUGUGACAGUCAAUAUCCACUAAUCGGGUAUCAUCGUUAAACUUAAUGUGAAAUGAAAUAUUUCGACAAUUGAUAGAUUUAGCUAAAUCCUGCAAUCUUUGACUGGAAUAAAUAACACUGAAAAUUUAUAAGUGGUCUAUUCUUUAUGUUUUGUUUGUACAUGUCACGAUUCAUUUAGUACCUUAUCUUGUUUACUGUUAUUACUAUUCAUGAUACUCUUAACAGUAUUUAGCUUACGAUACACAACUAAUAAUGGGUGGAAGGGAAUUUGAACUUGAACCGGAAGAGUAUAUAUUUGGUGCAAUGCAACUUUAUGUGGAUGUUGUAUUCAUGUUUAUGGCUAUAGCUGGUAUUGCACGUGCAGCCUCAUGAAUCCAUGACCUUAUCAAUGAUGACGAACAGUUAUUAUUACUGUCGAAAGAUAUGAUUUUAUUGAUUUUUUUCUUAUUUAAAGUCAUAAUCAUUAAUGCGUAUGCUAAAUCAGUAAUAUCUCCAGAGUUGUCAAUAAUUCAGACAAAAUAGUAACAGAAAUAUUGUUAUCCUGAUCAUUAUCUUGUAAAUAUUUCUGAAAUCAUAUGUAUUUUGUUGUUUUCUAACAUAUCUUCAUUGUACUUUAAUUUUAUAAACCAUGAUCGUAAACAAAAAUUUUUGACCGAAAUCAGCAAUAAAUCUUAUGAAAG